AUGACAACUACGGACUGGCCGGAUAACAAAACCUUAAAUUCUAAGCUGCCGAAGAUCGUUCAAAGUUAUAAUGCAGAAAUGGGUCCCGUUACUCGACUUUGGUCUGAAGGCACACUCACAUAUUGCUGGAACUGUGUUGGCUGUUGUACGACCAGAGAAGUUCCUGUUUUUCAUGAUACCUAUAUAACCAGACUUUGGAUCUGGAUCACCUGGUUGAUCUUUGGCGCCUCCACGGCCUUAUUGGACAAAGGAUCAAACCUCCUUCAAAUACUCGUCCACCAGGGUUUGCCAGCCUUCCCACAAAAAUCUGCCUUGGGACUCUCCCAUUGUAGGAGAAUGAUUUGCUACUGGAGCUUGGUAGACAAGGGAUAA